GAUUGGAGCCAAUGUUAUGUUGGACUGGGUUUUUAUUAUCUGAUUCUGGGUGGUGGUAACUUCAUCUGCUUCUGGUGCGCCUAAAUUAACUCACUAUCCACUUCACUGUUACUUCAGUUUUGGCUCCAUAACCAAAACACCCACUCUUCUGGGAUUACAAGCAUUGCUUCAUGUUUGCAAAGACAGGCCCCUGCAUUGUUUGAUAUUGAAUUGAAUCGAGUUUAAGAACAUGGCCUCCACAAUUUUCAGAAGCUUUCAAACCCACCCUUUUGUGUUCCAUCCCACUACAUUACUUAGAAGAAAGAAUGUUCUUUUGUAUUGCACAAUGAGAAGUGAACAAACCCAGACAGCGACCCAAGAGAAGGUUAAGCCACAAGUGAAAGUUUCUAACUUGAACCCGAAUAAGAAACUGGGGAAUAUCUCGAAGGACUAUGAAGCAGUCAUAGGUAUCGAAACCCAUGUCCAGCUAUCUACUCAGACCAAGGCCUUUUGUAGUUGCCCUUAUAAUUAUGGCUCUCAACCAAACACUAGUAUUUGCCCCAUUUGUAUGGGUCUGCCUGGUGCUUUACCGAUUUUGAACUUUAAGGUCAUUGAGUCUGCUGUGAAAGUUGGACUUGCACUCAAUUGCAAAUUGGCAAUGAACUCGAAGUUUGAUCGGAAACAAUACUUUUACGCGGACCUUCCAAAGGGUUACCAAAUAUCCCAGUUUGAUGUUCCAAUUGCGACUGGUGGCUACAUUGAUUUGGAUAUUCCAGUAGAGUUUGGAGGUGGGCAUAGGAAGUUCGGCAUUACAAGAGUUCACAUGGAAGAGGAUGCAGGGAAGCUGAUGCAUUCAGACGAUGGAAGUUACUCACAGGUUGAUCUAAAUAGAGCGGGUGUGCCCUUGCUUGAGAUUGUUUCUGAACCUGAUAUGAGAAAUGGUAUUGAAGCUGCAGAAUAUGCUGCAGAAAUACAGAGGGUGGUUCGGUAUUUGGGAGUGAGUAAUGGCAAUAUGCAAGAAGGUUCACUUCGUUGUGAUGUCAAUGUUUCUGUUCGACCAAUUGGGCAAUUACAGUUUGGGACGAAGGUGGAGAUAAAAAAUUUGAACGCUUUUUCGGCAGUGAGCAGGGCAAUUGAUUAUGAAAUUUCGAGGCAGGUGCUUCUUCAUAGUCAAGGCCAAGACAAAGAAAUUGUACAGGAAACACGGCUAUGGGAAGAAGGAGCUCAGAAAACAGUUACAAUGAGGAAGAAAGAAGGACUAUCUGAUUACCGAUAUUUUCCUGAACCAGACCUUCCAGGAGUUUUCCUCACCCAGGACUAUGUUGAUGGUAUUCAUAACUCUUUGCCUGAACUUCCAGAAAUGAAGCGUCGGAGGUAUGAAAAGAUGGGCCUAAGCAUGCAGGACGUUCUUUUCCUUGCUAACGACAUGAAUGUUGCAGAAUUUUUUGAUACUACUAUUAAGAAGGGUGCUGAUGCGAAGCUAGCUGCCAACUGGAUAAUGAGUGAUAUUGCUGCCUAUAUGAAAAAUGAAGAGUUGUCCAUCACUGAGGUCAAGCUUUCCCCUCAAGAGUUGGCUGAGUUAAUAGCUUCCAUAAAAGAUGGGACUAUUAGUGGGAAGAUAGGGAAACAGAUAUUGUUUGAGCUUCUAGCAAAAGGUGGUACUGUGAAGGGACUGAUAGAAGAAAAAGAUUUAGUUCAGAUUGUAGAUCCUGCUGAGAUUGAGAAAAUGGUGGAAAAGGUGUUGUCAGAGAAUCCAAAGCAGCUGGACCAAUAUCGCAGUGGAAAGACUAAGCUGCAAGGUUAUUUUGCUGGCCAGAUAAUGAAACUUUCAAAAGGAAAAGCAAAUCCAGGGCUUCUAAACAAGAUUCUGUUAGAGAAAUUAAAUGCCAAAAGCUGAUACAGGUAUAAGUUAUCUGCAAACAAUUUCUGUAAUUUGCAUAUACACAGAACUGCUGAUUAUGCAUCUGUUACCAUGUUCCUCUAUGAAUUUUGAUGUAAAUAUAAUACAUAUGUAUUGCAUUAUAUCUGUUGGUAACUAGAUAAUGCAAUGACCUGGCCCCGAACUUCAAAUUAGAUGUAUUCAACUCUAGUGAAUUCGCUCACACCGGAAGGGCCGUUGCACUUUGUAGCAUGAUUUAUAUAGCUUAUGGUGGAAGUGGAAGUUUAUCUAGACUUUGAUGUGUUAGUUGGCAUCUCUCUUUCUGAACAAGUGAUUGACAGCCGCUUGAAAAUCUGCGUGCCCUAUCUGGAGAGCCUAGAACUCAUUGGCUUCUGAUAUUGUAUUUCCUGCUUCUGUUGACUGGUCUUUAAUGCCAGCAAGUUGGAUGGAUCAAUUUUGAAUUGUAACCUGACAUGCUCCAGAUAUAUAAUCACCUCCAGUUUUCAAGCUCCUAA